GCCGCGGCGAUGGCGAUGAUGGCGGCCGGGACGGGCAGGUUUUGCCGGCGGCGCGCAGGAAAUAAGCAUUCAGCUGCUCAGAAAAAUGAAGAUGCUGCUCAGAGGAAAGCAGAUCUGGAGGCUGCACUGAGAAACAAGAUUGAAUGUGAGAGAAAAGCAUUGUCUAUUGUUGAGCAGCUCCUGGAAGAGGACAUUACUGAAGAGUUCCUUCUAAAUUGUGGAAAAUGUAUUACUCCAUCUCACUAUAAGGACGUUGUUGAUGAACGGUCUAUCAUCAAACUGUGUGGUUAUCCUCUAUGUCAGAAUAAGCUGGAAAAUGUGCCGAAGCAGAAGUAUAGAAUUUCAACAAAAACAAACAGAGUUUAUGAUAUCACUGAAAGAAAGUGCUUUUGCAGCAACUUUUGCUAUAGAGCAUCUAAAUAUUUUGAAGCUCAAAUUUCCAAAAGUCCAGUGUGGAUGAGAGAAGAAGAAAAACCUCCAGACAUAGAGCUGCUGAAGGAGGGACAGAGUGGACGGUCUGGAGAAGAGGUGAAACUACGUGAUGAAGUAAUUAAAGCAUCUGAUAUUGAAAACCCUAGGAUAUCUUCAGAUCCAUGUGAAUCUGGGUCUCACGACACAGCCAGUGACAGCAGUACUGACACUGAACAAGAAUUUAUUUCUUCUGUCCUACCAGGAAGUCAGUCAAGUUCAGCCAAUUUUGCACAGCAACUGCACAGAAAAAGCAUCCUCAAAAAGAAGCAUGCUCAGAAAGUCCAGGCCAGCCCUAAAACUGAAGAUGCAGAUGUGGUAGAAGCCACUGAACAACUCUCUCAUUGUAAAUUAGACACUCAGGAAGAAAGACACACUUGCUCUGUUCAUAAUGAAGUAACUGCACCACCUUCAGACAAUACUGCUCCUGGGAAAUCAAGUGCUUCAGAAAUCUUUGAAAAUACAUGUGGAUCACAGAUAGUUUUUCUAGGUGUGAGCAAAAGAGGAGCAGAACAUCUUAAAAGAAUAUUAGCUAAGUCAACAGAACAUAAAAACCCUGAACUGAGGCAUCCAGUUAAUUCUAAAGGCAGUUUACUAGAAGAGCUUAGGCAAACACUUACGGAAUGGAGAACUGAGGAAACUUUAAAAUUUCUCUAUGGCCCAAACUAUGCUUCUUUGGGCUCAUCAGAAUGCGUAGCAUCUGUCAGCCAGGAGACUGAAGAGCUUGAUGAGGAUGACUUAGAUACAGCUGAUGAUCUCAACACUGUUGCUGUAGGAGAGUCUGAAAACAGUCUGAACUACUCUUUACCUUUCACAGGCUCAGGUGGAAUAGUUAAGCCUGUGCCUAGUUAUGAAAAGUUAAAAGAAGAAACAGAGUUCCUAGAGCUCCGAGUAAGAGAGUUCUAUCAAGGAAGGUGCGUCUUGGCUGAGGAGGCAGCGACACAAGUGCAAGCAGGGGAACAUCCAAGCAAAGACAAAGAUGAUCAACAGGAAGAUCUCACCUUCCCACUUGUUGAUUCAAAUGCACAAAUGCAGAUUAGGAAGCGAAUUGUCCUUGAAAAACUGAGAAAAGCAUUAUCUGCAGUUUUGGGCCCUCUUCACAUUGCUUCAGGUGAUGUCUACACAGAGCUAAAAAAUCUUGUCAAAACUUUCCGGUUAACAAACAGAAAUAUUAUACACAGAAUGCCUGAAUGGACUCUCAUUGCUAUUGUUUUGUUAUCUGUAUUGUCACAAACAUCUCCGCUUUUCAAGACUACUCAGACAAGCCCAAUGUACACACAGUUCCUGACCACAUUGCUGAAAGAACUGCAUUUCAAAAAUGAAGAUCUGGAAAGUUUAACAAGAAUAUUUAGAAUGGACUGACAACUUGAAUGAAUAACAUUAUCAUCUUAGCAUCUCCUGCUACCUGAAAUAGUUGCACAGAGAACAAAAGAACACCUUCAGUUGUUUGAGCUUUUUAAAAUGAAAAAUGAAAAUUAGUGUGAAUUGUAGUACUUGCAUUUCUGCUUUUUCAUUUCCUUCCUAUGGGUAAGAAUUUUGCAGUCUUGUGAAGAAGCUGACUAACCGCAGUUGUUCAAGGUAUGAAGACAAGUUAAAAUAUGGAUCAUUUGAAAAAUAUUUAAAAGCAGUAGAAAAGAAUUUGGAUUGGUUUGGUCUUUCUUGGUUUGGAAACUUUCAGUCAAAGUUUGUCUACAGGGAUCAGGGAAAGAGAGGGAAAAAAGCAUGUGAGCCUCGGACGGUAAAAGCAGUGCUGCUGACGUUUUUCCAGUUGCCCCUGUGCUUGGAGCACGAAUCUUUAAGAAUGAUGACUACAGUACACAAAUAUGUCUGAUUCAUAGCCUGUUUGUCUUGCGAUUUCUAAGAAAAGGUCUUUGAACUUGUAUAAAAGUUAUUUUUAAAC